UUCCAUUCCACUCUCAAGCCAAGACCAAUAAGAAAAAAGAAAAAAAGGAAAAACAAAACAAAACAGAGAGAAGAGAAGAUAGAAUAUGGGUUCAGCAUCCGAAACCGUUUGCGUUACAGGGGCUGCUGGUUUCAUUGGAUCAUGGCUUGUCAUGAGACUCAUCGAACAUGGCUAUAAGGUUCGAGCCACCGUGCGCGACCCAGCUAACAUGAAGAAGGUGAAGCAUUUGCUGGAACUGCCAGGUGCAAAUACCAACCUAUCUCUGUGGAAGGCUGACCUUGCUGAAGAGGGAAGCUUUGACGAAGCCAUAAAAGGGUGCAUCGGAGUUUUCCAUGUGGCUACGCCCAUGGAUUUUGAGUCCAAGGACCCUGAGAAUGAAGUGAUCAAGCCAACGAUAAACGGAGUACUAGACAUCAUGAAAGCAUGCAUGAAGGCCAAAACUGUCCGAAGGCUUGUAUUCACAUCCUCAGCGGGAACUCUCAAUGUUACAGAGGAGCAAAAGCUUUUCAUCGACGAGUCCUGUUGGAGUGACCUUGAGUUCUGCCGAAGAGUAAAGAUGACUGGCUGGAUGUAUUUCGUUUCUAAGACACUGGCGGAGCAAGAAGCAUGGAAAUUUGCCAAAGAGCAUAACAUUGACUUCGUCACAGUCAUACCACCUCUUGUUGUGGGUCCAUUUCUUAUGCCAACAAUGCCACCUAGCCUAAUCACUGCUCUUUCACCCAUCACCGGAAAUGAGGCACAUUACUCGAUCAUAAAGCAAGGCCAAUUCGUCCACUUAGAUGAUCUUUGUCUUGCUCAUAUAUACCUGUUUGAACAGCCAAUAGUGGAAGGGAGAUACAUAUGCUCUGCAUGCGAGGCUAAUAUCCAUGACAUUGCAAAAUUGAUUAACCAAAAAUACCCAGAGUACAAUGUCCCCACAAAGUUCAAGAAUAUUCCAGAUCAAUUGGAGCUUGUCAGAUUUUCGUCCAAGAAGAUCAAAGACUUGGGAUUUCAAUUUAAAUACAGCUUGGAGGAUAUGUAUACUGGAGCAGUUGACACGUGCAGGAAAAAAGGGCUUCUUCCUAGUACUGCAGAAACUCCCGAGAAUGGCACCAUCAAGAAAUAAAUAUGCUUCCAUGUCUGUAUGUUCAAUAAUUACCAGGUUGUCUUUGUGUUUAAACAUACCUGUUUUAAGAAUUCGUAGCGAGAAUGUCCCCGGUUUUUGGGACCAGGUUGUCUUUCAAUAAGUUAACAACUAUCUUCUAAUUCA